GAGGCGGGGCAGGCGUGGUGUUCGGUUUUGUGUGAUUAGAAAGUUGACAACCCUAGUGGUGCGGCUUUGGGCCAGGCCCUGAGCUACUUCUCUCCCUGAAAUCCAGAGGCAGGGAGAGGCUUAGAACAGGAGCUAGGGGGAAGCCCCAAACCCCCCUUUUCUGUGCAUGCAGAUGGCAUGCUGACGGUUUGGUGGGAGAGAGCCCUGUGACUCAGCAGGGCCAGCAAAGCAAAAGCAAAAGUAAGAGUCUGCAACUACAACACUCCAGCAGAGGAGCACCAGUGCCCCUCCAACCAAUGGCACCCAGAUGCUCCCCAGUAUCCCAAAUCCCAGGCUCAGUCUGCCCCCAGCCCUGGCCUGGCUUCCCAUCAGGUCCCAUCUCUGCCCUGACUUCCGCCCCCCCACGCUGCCUUAGGGACUGAUCAAGAUGGCAGAGAAGCCCAAGCGCCCGCAUCUGGGAUUGGCCCAGUACCCCCUGCUGCUCACACUGGAGCCCGAGGGGCACGGCCUGGGCGGGCAGGUCCUGGAGUUGGCUGGUCCAGAGGAGGUCCACGUCCACCAGAAAGACGGCAUCCUGAUCUGCGACAGCUUCCUGCUGGGGCAGUGUCUGGAGUGGGAGCGCUGCCUGCGCCAUCACACCCCCAACCCCUUCCACUGGCAGAUGCGGCGCCAGGCAGACGGGGUGUGGCUGAGCGUUGGCACGUCAGCCCAGCAGCACCUGGAGAACCUCUACUGCAGCACCAGGCACCACAGCGUGGAGCUCGUGGACAAGGCCGGCUCAUCCUGGACCCUCAACCUGAACUCCAUGGACCUGAAGCCCAGCCAGCUUUAUGACCGCGUCCGGCGCCUCUCCAACAGCGGUGACCCCAGCCGCAGCCCCUACUUCCCCGUUGAGUGGCAGGUGUACUGGGAGGAGUGGGGCGAGUGGCUCGUGUAUGAGGAGCCGGUGCGGUGGGAGCUGCUGGCAGCCUUCGAGAAGGGCAUGUGGAACCAUGCCUUUGAGCUGCGUGGCCGGCUGUACAAUGUGGACCUGAAGAAACUGACCCAGCACAAUGUGCGUACAGGCUUCACCCGGCGCAUCCUGCACCGCCCAAUCUUCCGUCCACCCUGGCGCCUGGCGCCCCACCUGCGGACAGGCCCAGGCGCCACCCUCUUUUCCCCCAGCGCCAUCCCUGGGGAGGACCCCCAGAGCACCUACUGGGGCCCAUACCCUGCGUCCUGGGUUCCCAAGGCCCCAGUGGGCACCAUGUAUACACUGGCAGAAGUGGCACCAGCAGAGAGGGCCUAUGAGACCACAUGCACGCUCUUCCACAAAACUCUGGCAGAGGACAAGGUGAUGGUGCUGGCCGUUUACCGGGUCCGGAACGACUACCUAUGGCAGAAAUACUGUGGCCAGAAGAAGUUCAUGGCCCAGACCCGUCCCUGUGUGUCACGGCACUGCAUGGAGAGACACCUCUUCCAUGGCACCAUAGCCAGCAAAGUGCAGCCCAUCUGUGAGAUGAACUUUGACCCCCGGGUGUCAGGGGAAAACGGUGAGGCUUACGGGCAGGGCAGCUACUUCGCCACCGACGCCUCCUACUCCCACACUUAUGCCAAGCUGGGCAAGGCCAGCCUGUGCCACAUGUUCCUGGCCAAGGUGCUGGUGGGGCGCUCGGUGCAGGGCAAGCCCAGGUUCCGGCGCCCCCCACCAGCACACGAUGGCCGCCUCUACGACUCCUGCACGGACUGCACUAAGAAGCCACAGAUCUUCGUCAUCUUUGACAGCUGCCAGUGCUACCCCUACUUCCUGAUCCGCUACAAGCUGCUCUCCGAGCCCGUGGCCGUGGACUCGUGAUGGGGAGCACUGGGGGUCAGAGGUCAGCUUGACAACUUUGUACUUCAAAAAUAAGGGAUGGUUUUCU